CGCUCUCGCAUCUGCCACUCGAGAGAUCGCGGCGCGUAGCGUUCUCAGCAUCACGAGGUACGACGCUCUGGCGAUUGGAUCUCGCUAAAACCCUUCUCCUCCUUCGAUUAGGAGAUCAUGGCAAGUGCCGGCAGAUCCAUGUUAUACUCGUUGCUUCUGUUCGCGAUUAUUCUCUCACUUCUUGAAAUGUAUAGAGAGAAGUUGGCAUCGUCGGAGUUGUUGACUAUUUUAGGUGGCUUCGUCAGCUCCCUUUUGUUCCUCAUGAUGCUAACUUUCAUUGGGAACUACCAGGAGUUAUCUGGCAUGAAAACUGGUUGGGGUGCUGUUGUUCUGGCAGAAAUCGUUGCUCUUAUUGCUGCUAGCACAGUCCAUCGUGUUUGUAUCACAACAUGUUUCCUGUUUUCAGCUGGGCUUCUGUAUGAGGUUGACAAGCUUUCGGGAAUGAUGCUUGCAAAGAGUGAAUCGAGAGCGAAGCGAUAUUAAUAUUGAUGUGGAGUCAAAAGUCAAGUAAUACUCAUUUUAGCAGGGAUCUUUAUACUAAAGUAUGCUAUUUGGAAUCAGAUAUAAGAGGCCACCGAGAUUGGUAGCUUUCCUAAAUGUGUCUUAAUUGGUUCAUUUUGGUAGUACUUAGUGAUUUGAAAAUUAUACUUUUGUCACUAUCCUUUGGAAAUUUUUGUGGGACACUCCAUUUCUUAAGAGAUGGCACUUAAUGUUUUUUGAC